CCAAUGUAGCAUCAAAAUCUCGAUCUUGCACGUCUGCCAUUCUCUGUCAGCACUAUUUAAAACAAAACUGAGCUACUAGAAAAGAAAAUAAAAAAUUCAACAAAUCAAAAGUGAGGAAGUGCUAAGCAAAUACAGGAACUGAAAAAGGUCAUAGAGGCUGCUUUGCACUGUCUCAUUCAGUUCCGUUGUGGUCCCCUUCUUCACCACAUGCCAAAACAGUUCUUCACAAUCUUCAGGACUAGAGCAUCGUGGGUGUAAGACCAUGGAAGAGCUGGAUGCCUUAUUGGAGGAAUUGGAACGCUCCACCCUCCAGGACAGUGAUGAAUAUUCAAACCCAAUUUCUUGUCACCUCGAUCAGCAAUCCAAACAGGGGAGCCUACUUCCCCAAACUCCAAAGACCUUGUCAUCUCAGAGUCACACAAGUCCCUUGAAGGUGGGAGCAGAAGAAAUCUGCUGGCCACUUGGUAUGCUGCCAGUCACACCCUGCUAUGGUCCAUGUGAUGCAUACAUGGAACAUCUGGGAUCAGUGCAGCUCGUGUAUACGACCAAUAUCCAGGAGCCCAAUGUCUACAGUGAGGUCCAAGAGCCAAAGGAAUCAGUACCACCUCCUAAAACCUCAGCAGCUGCUCAGCUGGAUGAGCUCAUGGCCCACCUGAGUGAAAUGCAGGCCAAGGUUUCAGUGACAGCAGAUGCCAGCAAGAAACACUUACCAGACAAGCAGGACCACAAGGCAUCAUUGGACUCAAUGCUUGGGGGUUUGGAACAGGAACUGCAAGAUCUUGGGAUUGCCACCGUUCCUAAGGGCCACUGUGCUUCCUGCCAGAAGCCAAUUGCUGGGAAGGUGAUCCAUGCUAUGGGGCAAUCCUGGCACCCAGAGCACUUUGUCUGCACUCACUGCAAGGAGGAGAUUGGCUCCAGUCCCUUCUUUGAGCGGAGUGGCUUGGCCUACUGUUCCAAGGACUACCACCAUCUGUUUUCUCCACGCUGUGCCUACUGUGCUUCUCCCAUCAUGGAUAAAGUGCUGACAGCAAUGAACCAGACGUGGCACCCAGAGCACUUCUUCUGCUCUCACUGUGGAGAGGUGUUUGGUGCAGAAGGCUUUCAUGAGAAGGACAAGAAGCCAUAUUGCCGGAAAGAUUUCCUAGCCAUGUUCUCACCUAAGUGUGGUGGCUGCAACCGCCCUGUGUUGGAAAACUACUUUUCAGCCAUGAACACUGUGUGGCACCCAGAGUGCUUUGUGUGUGGGGACUGCUUCUGCAGUUUUUCUUCUGGCUCCUUCUUUGAACUGGAUGGCCGUCCGUUUUGUGAACUCCAUUACCAUCACCGCCGAGGGACCCUCUGCCAUGGCUGUGGGCAGCCCAUCACUGGCCGCUGCAUCAGUGCCAUGGGGCACAAGUUUCAUCCUGAGCACUUUGUGUGUGCUUUCUGUCUGACACAGCUGUCGAAAGGCAUCUUCAGAGAGCAGAACAACAAGACCUACUGUCAACUCUGCUUCAAUAAGCUCUUUUCACUGUAGUCCCCUUUGAUCCACAUCUACUUCUGAGAAAAGGGCAGGGAAGAGCACACUUUCUUUCCCUGACCUUCACUCGGUGGGGCUAAUAGAGUACAAGCAAUGAACAAAUAAGGGAAUUUCUCGAUGUUACUAGACUUACAAACUUAUUUUUGAAGCUACUUCUUAUUUUUUAAUUAUGUAUUUGCAUUUAGAUUUAGAUCAUGCUACCAGGACCCUCUGAAGGCAUAUUUCUCAUGUGCACAAUUCAUUCCACCACUGGUUUUCUAUUUCUCACAUUUUACCUCUGCUGAUGCCCCAUUUAGAUCUUUAGCUGUGGGCCCCAGAGUCUGACUCUUCCUUUCUCUUAGGAGUCAUGACACUACUCUUAAGCCCUUAGUGCCUUUCCUCAAUGCAUUUUGCUAGUUUAAGAGGAAGUAUAUUUUAACUGACAUCUGUGAUGAAUAAAGCAGCUUGUGGUUUUGGUGA